AUGGCAGACCGACGGAGAAUUAAGCUGACGUUUGGUGGUCGUGAUGGCGGCGUUAGCGGCGGCGAGCCGAUUGAGGGUUCUGGUCCUCAUCAUGCAAGAUCAAGACGUUUGAAUGCGUCUGUUAGGAGGGAGUUAGGUGGUGCAGGACCUUCACAUGCACCGUUUCAGCAUGAGCAGCAGUAUGGGACUGCUGGUGCUUGGUCGGGGGAGCACCAGUCACAGGGGACCGCCCCCAUGUAUUCGUCUACUGGAGUGCCUUCAUCAGAUGAGGAUGAGGAUGAAGAUCGAGGAAGUCAAUCUGCUGGAGAUGCACAGUACGACCCUCAGGAUUACCGUACUGUGUAUAGGGGUGACCAUGGGAGAUAUGUUAGCAGUAGUGAACCAGGUCAAGCUUCUACCAGCUCGUCAGAGUCAUGGGUGGUGCAGGAGCCGAUGCCAGGUGGGCCUGAGGAUGGUACCGUUAUUCCGAGUUUUGGGGGUCACGUGUCUGCCUACAUAUGGGGUGGGCAGGAGCGAAACGUGCUGCGGUGUUUGAGCAGGACACAGUUGUGUUCUGAAUUGGGUAACUGGCGCGCUCGUCUUCCGCCGGAGCACCUGGAACCGAUUGAUGGCACUGGUCUAUCUCAUUUACCCGGGAUCAUGUUCCGACGAUUUGACUGGCCCUUAAUUUCUGCUUUUGUUGAGAUAUGGCAGCCAGACACGAACACGUUUCACAUGCCUUUUGGGGAGAUCACGAUCAUGCUGCAUGAUGUGUAUCAUAUUCUAGGGCUUCGUGUCGACAGUUCCAUGGUUUCCACUACUCCUAGCACGGACGUUUUACGGGACGCGUGCUCGGUUACCUUGGAUAUGACUGAGGAAGAGCUGAAUGAGAAGUGCGGUACCAAAACCGUAUGGCAGGGUAGUGGGGUCGUGACUGAGAGGAUAGUGGAGUUGACCUUGGAGGCGCAGAGGCCCUUCAGUUUCCAUUACAGGGCGUACCUGUGGUUAGUACUCGGCGGUUGUUUGUUUUUGGACAAGAGUGGAAACCGUACUCAUCCUUCCUUCCUCAACAAGCUGUUUGUUGAGGAUGUUCAGAUUAGUGAGUACUCCUGGGGUUCUGUUGUGCUAGCAUACAUGUACCGGCAAUUGGGUACAGCAUGA